UGCGCAACAUCUUCCUUGACGAGCAAAUGCGCAAGAGAACCAAGGACCAAAUCGCUGGCCGCGGAUUCGCCAUGGCUACCAAGACAUCUGGUCCCAUCUGCUUCGAGUGCAACGAACCGGGACAUGUCAGGAGGAACUGUCCCAAUCGCCAGCGGGAGGGCCAUAGGGCAAAGAAGACGAAGCCUGCGGGAGCAACCAAGUGGUGCUCCGUCCAUAACACCACUACACACUCCGACGAAGAGUGUUACAACCAAGGAGCCAAGCGACCAGAACGCACGGGCAAGGCCUUUUCUGCAUGCACACACUGCGUGCACUGCUCAACCCAGUCAAGAGACAUACAAGCCAGGCCUACCACAACAGAAAUUCCCAAAGAAACAGAGAAGACCGAAAAGGCAGAGAUCGACUUCUCUUACGACGAAGAUGCAUUCAAGGGUGGAUUCAUGUACCAUGCUACAUGCAGCAAGGGAAGCGGACGCACUUUCACGACAACUGCAACUGGGACUUCCGCGCUGGUGGAUUCUGGAGCUUCUGAAACCAUGUUCGACGACCGCCUCAUCCCGAAUGGACGUCUCGAAGAAGAACGCCCGACGCCCAAGAUCAUCGACGUUGCAGGAGAAAGCCAACUACGAGGCACUACCACUGGGGUCCUACACUGCACCAUCAAAGACGACAAAGAACAGCAACUACCCGUCAAACUACAAGGUCUCAUCGUGCCAGGACUAGGCCGGAACAUCUUCGCACCAACGGCCCUUCUCAAGAAGGGCCUCCGAUGUGUCCUGGAAGACAAGACCCCACAUCUCCCCAUCGGCGGAGAAGUCGUCGUUCCUCUGAAACACGAGACUCAAGACCAAGGCAUGUGCACCCUCGCCAUCACAUUCAAGGGCGAUCCAGCGUCGACAAGCAAGACACCCCCGAACAACCAAGAACCAGGGCGCAAGCCGAAGUUCGGAAAACCAGAAGCGGUACAGAUCGAUCACACUCCGCACGCGACAUGCUCAGUGGCGAUGAGCGUGAGCACCGACCUAUGGCACCGGCGCCUCGGCCACAUCAAUUUAAGUGCUACGGAGAUUUUGCGGCGCAACCCCGCCACAGGUGUGAAAUAUGACGGACCUGUAUCCCCGUGCGACAACUGCCAAAUCACGAAGCACAAGAAGGCUCCCGUCCCGAAGAAGACCAGCCGUGUCCUGACCAAACCAGGCCAACUCGUCCAGUUCGACAACAUGGGACCAAUCGACCCGCCUGCGAACUACAACGGACGCACCUACUUCUAUGUCGCCAAAGCGACCGACGUCUGUACCAGAAUGCGGGAAGUGUACCUACUGCGCCACAGAACCGAAACCACGCAAGCUCUGCACGCCUACAACAUGCAAGUAGCAUCUGAAGGCUACCGCAUCGAGGUUCUACGCUGUGACAAAGGGGGAGAGAACACUGGGGAAGAAAUGCGCAACUACUGGAGGGAGUCUGCGAUCAAGUUGGAAUUCGCCGCGACCAACACGCCCCAAGAAAUCGGAGUGUCAGAAAGGGAUGGCCAGACACUUGCGGCUGUGACUCGAGCUCUACUGCGCGAUGGAGACUUCCCAAAACACAUGUGGGGGGAGCUCAUGAUGACUGCAGCAUACCUGACCAACAGGACCCCACACGCGGCGGUAGGGGGAGCCACGCCGUAUGCCAAGAUGUACAACACAACCCCGGACCAUUCUCGACUUCGUUCCAUCGGCGCCCGCGCGUUCGUUCAUCACGAGCGAUUCAAGAAGAAGCUAGACGACCGGGCCUUUGAAGGCAAGCUCUGCGGUUACGGACCUGACAGCAAGACGUACCGGAUCUACGUGGAGGGCAAAGACAAGGUCUACGAGAGCCGGAACGUGACUUUCAUCGAGACUCCACCCAACACCAUCCCCCCUCACCGGUGGGACGACCGUCUCGGAUAUGAACAGGACGUGAUGAACUUCACGUCAUUGCUCGGAUGCCGUACAUCUACGGGCGACGAAGACAACAAAGUGGACUACGGAACACAAUCAGAGCUCCUGCUGCACGAGAUGCGCAACAUUCAGCAAGACAACAUCGACCGAGCAGAACGUCGCCAAAACAACGCGGGCAUGGAUUCCGACAACUACUUUGCUGCUGGGGGAGCUGANCCGAGCAGAACUUCGCCAAAACAACGCGGGCAUGGAUUCCGACAACUACUUUGCUGCUGGGGGAGCUGACAGCAACAACAACCCGCGGACUACGAC